GACGUCGCCCGUGCCCACGAGCCGAGCGUCGACGUCAUCGUGGUGGGCGCGGGCUACAGCGGCCUGGCGGCGGCGCUGGAGCUGAAGGCUGGGUCGGCGCUGAACCACUCCUUCCUGGUGCUGGAGGCGCAGGGCCGCGUUGGCGGGCGCACGCUGAACCAAGAC